AUGAAUAAAUCUUCGUCUUGUUUAAACAAGUUUGAUUGGAUAUCAAACUAUGGACCAUCAUUCGUUAUACCGGCAUCUAAUUUCGAUGUUCUAUACGAACCAUCGGACUUCUUUCAAGAACUAAAUAAUAUAUUUGCUAGUGCAAAGAAACGCAUCUACAUUUCAUCUCUGUAUUUUGGUACUGAUCCAUAUGAGUAUAAAUUGAUUGAUUCAAUACGAACAGCACUUGAAAAAAAUCCAUCUUUACGGUUGGUUGUAUUACUUGAUCAUUUACGUGGUCUUCGCAUUGAUAAUCAUGCUGAUAAGACAACUUCAAAAUCAAUGUUUCUUCCUCUAAUUGAAAAAUAUCCAUCUCGAGUCGAUUUUUAUCUUUUUCAUACACCGCUUCUCUCUGGUCUGCUACGUAAAUUAAUGCCGGCACGAAUCAAUGAAUCAUGGGGUGUGCAACAUAUGAAAAUCUACAUGGCUGAUAAUAAUUUAAUUAUAAGUGGGGCUAAUCUAAAUAAAUCUUAUUUCGAUCAUCGACAAGAUCGAUAUUUAAAAUUAGUCAAUUGUUCACAUCUAUGUAAGUUCUUCGUUGAUAUUAUUCAAACAAUGGCAAAACAAUCAUUUAAAAUCGAAAAAAAUCACGAAGAACCUAUUUUUAUGGGUGAACAUCAUCCGUAUCAAGGUGAUAAUAGUAAAUAUUAUCUUCAAGUUGAAAACGAUCUUUCAUCACUGAUGAAAACAUAUCAAAUACGUUAUCCAAAACCGAAAUCUUUAACAAGCGAUCAAGCUCUUGUUGUACCAUUGAUACAAAUGGGAUUGUUUAAUAUUAAUAACGAUCGAGAUUUUAACAUCUAUCUUUACUCUCAUUUGCCAUUGAAUUCUAAACUCUAUCUUGCUACAUCUUAUUUCAAUAUAACAGAAGAGUAUGAAAAAGAAUUAAUCGAUAAUAAACGCAAUGAUACACAAGUUAGUCUAUUAACAGCAUCACCACAAGCCAAUGGUUUUUAUGGUAGUCGUGGCAUAAGUCGUUUUGUACCAGCUGGUUACAGUGAGAAUGAACGUGAGUUUAUGGAACGAGCAGAAAGAAAAUUUUCGAAUGAUGGACAAAUACAAAUGUUGGAAUAUUACCGACAGCAAUGGACUUAUCAUGCAAAAGGUUUAUGGUUGUAUGACAACGAUAAAGAUAAUAAUAAUAAUAAUUAUCCAGUAUUAACUUGUAUUGGAUCGCCAAAUUUCGGAGCUCGUUCAAUUCGACGAGAUCUUGAAGCUCAAUUAGCUAUUGUCACAAAUAAUGAAGAAUUAAGUGCUAAAUUUCAUCGUGAACGUAUUCAACUUUUUCAAUAUGGAGCAAUUGUUACGUCUGAUACAUUUAAGCAAUUAUCACGUGGUGUACCGUUUUGGGGACCAUUGUUUAUGAGAUUUUUCCGAAAUUUUUUCUGA